AUGGCGGCCUCUCGCACGGUCAAGCAGAAGCGCGAGCAUAUAGUCUCCGCCUUGGGCUCUCGUGCUCAUCAGGUCUCUGACAAAGACGCCCUACCCGUGCCAAUUGAGACACGGUCCAAGUCCAAUAGCCAGUACCAGGUCAGAUUCAACAAGUCCGUUCUGCCCGCGGCGGCUUUGCCCCCUCCGUCCGCUGCUCCUUCACGUUUUCUUUUUCUCGCGUCCGGCGGCCGGCACCGGUGGCGGCAAGUCCCCCCAUCUUUCCGAUCCGUUUUCAUCAGGCGCGGCGGCGUCGGCGAAUCAAGGGCUGCUACCCACGUAGUAGUCGCUGCCUGCAACGGAGGAGUCAGGUUCCGUUCUUCUCGCGAAGGCCUCGCCAUUCUUCUCACCUGCGGACUGCAGCGAUGGCGGCGGCUCUCCCCGAUCCUGUUUGGUCAGAUCGCCGAGUCAAGGCAGACGGAGCGGCGGCGGCUCCCUCUCCACAUCGGGAUUUCGGCUCCCUCUGCUGAUUUAGAUAACUUGCUUCGGAUUUCAUUUGUUGAUGAGGACUGUGAGAAGCUCCGAUCAAUUGAUUUAUCACCUCUUUCUGCUUCUGGAAACGAUGCCUGGAGAAUGGCUCUUUAUACUAGAGUUCUGUCAGUCAUUUCAAAUGGCAUCAGUAUUGGUGUCAAGCACUUGGAGUUUCUUGCCUUUUCCUCAAGCCAACUGCGAGAUAACUCGGCAUGGAUAUUUGGUUCUCGGACGGGAUUCACUGCAAGUGACAUCAGGAAGUCGAUGGGGGACUUUCGCAACAUCAGAAAUGUGGCAAACCGCUACAAGCUGAUGUCUUGUGUAUAUGACUUGCAGCUUCUAUGUGCUAUCGUUUCACUUCAGGAGUUAUGCUGCUUAUGAAUGUUUUUAACGUUGAUG